GAACCCUUACUUGAUGACCUAAUUGGCGAGCAGGGCAGUGAUGGCACAGCUUUCCCUUUAUCUUCUCUUUCUCUAUUAGGCCAGAAGUUUAAAACAGAGUAGAUGUGAGCAGAAGUAGAAACGCCACUUCUUCCACCGGCUCAUCCCCACAGUGCACUUUUCCCUUCCUACCCCACCUCACCCACCAGCACCCUCCACCACCAUCUCACCUCAGUUCUUGUCCUUCUACCUUCACCUGCUACUUUUCCAAGGCUUCGUUCGUUGUGGAUCUGGCACUUCCCACCUUCACCCGGGCACAAAGCUCCCAGCAGUCCGCCGCGAACCGCAGGAGACAGCCAGACGCACUUUUUUUUGGACUUCAGCUGGAAGCAGGAAAGUUUGUCUUUGCUCGAUUUUUUUUUUUUCUUGGCUGUCUCGGGUUUUACCUUCACCAUGAGUGUCAAGUCUGACUCCGAGCCAAACAACAACGUCUCCCUUGAAGAGGAGGUACGGACACUGUUCGUCAGUGGCCUGCCAACAGAUAUUAAGCCCCGGGAACUGUAUCUGUUAUUCAGACCGUUUAAGGGUUAUGAAGGUUCACUGAUUAAGUUAACAUCAAAGCAGCCGGUUGGUUUUGUGACCUUUGACAGUCGGUCUGGCGCUGAAGCAGCGAAAAAUGCACUAAACGGGGUUCGAUUUGACCCUGAGAACCCGCAGACCCUCCGGUUAGAGUUUGCUAAAGCCAACACGAAGAUGGCAAAGAGUAAGCUGAUGGGCACUCCGAACCCCACAAAUAUCCACCCAGCUCUAGGAGCACACUUCAUAGCACGGGACCCAUAUGACCUGACGGGGGCAGCACUGAUCCCUGCAUCGCCUGAGGCCUGGUCUCCAUACCCGCUCUACAUGGCAGAGCUGAGCCCUGGUCUGCCCCACACUGCCUUCACCUACCCCGCAGCAGCGGCUGCUGCAGCUGCUCUCCACGCUCAGAUGCGUUGGUAUCCACCUACUUCGGAGUCCUCCCAACCUGGAUGGAAAUCAAGGCAGUUCUGUUAAAGAAGAUGAAAUGCUGUUUUGCUUCAAACUGACUGUACCCAUUGCUGCCCAUACUUAGUCCAGUCUAGGUCAUUUGAGUUUUGCAGCAUGGAUCUAUCUGCUCUUUUUGAAAUUGACUUAAGGUUGAUGCUGAACUGGGCUGAAUACAUCUUGCCAACUAUGUGCUAAACUGGCUCAGGUGGUACAGCCAUGGUAGCACUUGCAUUAGAGUUCCUUCAUGGAAUAUUUUUUUGGAAUGAGAUUUAUAGAGAAGGAUGAAAUUGUGAGGCUGCUUUUCAUUCAGAUUUUGCUCUGAGUUUACAGGGUCUGAGCCAAUCAGCUGACAUCAAGCAUGUUAUAUAUUUUGGCAUGAACUAGAUAAGUAAUAGAUUAUGUGCACCCUUGUAACGUGUUCCUUCUUGACUGGGUGUAAUCCUCAUUAUUUGUUUGUUAGCUUGGUCUUGUUUUAGAUGUGAAGUAGUGGCUGACAUUGUUUUGAGGCAUUAGGUGACUUGCUCCCCCUGCCGCCCCCCCCCUCCUAAGUCAACGUCUGAAGCAUGAGCUAUAGUUUAAAUGUGCCAUCUUGGUUAAGCUUUUAAAUGUUCCUAUGCGACAGCUUGGCCUUGCCAAAGCACGACAAUCCAUGUAGUUAAAGUAGGCCAUAUGGGGAGACAUGUAUUUGUGCAAUUAAAUAAAUAUGUAUAAGUUAUAAACUUUAUUUACUGAUUUUGAUUCUGCAUCCUGUAUUGCAGUUGCAGAUUUUUUUUUUGUUAUACUGAUGCAAGUCUAACACAUUGUGAAUGGCAGAAUUGACUUAACAUUAUAUUGCUGAUAAGGUUAUAAGCUGAAUAUGCUAAAAACAAUGCAUGAAGGGGUCUUAAUGUGGAUUAUAGUAGUUAAUACUGACAAAUUUAUUUGUAAAGUGUUUGAUGUAAAAAAAAAAAAAAGCUAUUGUAUGAUGCUGUAUUAAAACAUGUUAAUGCAUUA